AAUGUACAAAUACCAAUGUCUCCACAAGUACUGUACACAAUUACGCACAAGACUCAACCCACAGGACCGACAAACACAAACAUGUGGACGCUGGUUAGAAGCACAUUCCUGCUCAUUUGGAUCCUGACCGUUGGAAGUGUACCAGUAGAUCACGGUAGUGAGUUGCAAUUUCUCAUCAAGCCUCGCACUCUCUACCUGCAAGCGGCAGGAUCAAGAGUCAAACUCAAAUGCAAAGCUACAAAAGAAUCGGAUGCUGUUGUAAAUUGGUUUCAUGGUGAUAAGAAGACACCAAUCUCUAGAGAACAGAUAGACACAACAAGAUUUGUUGUGAAGAGAGAUGGUACUCUAGUGAUCAAGAACACUUCAAAAUCUGCAGAAGGAUUCUACUACUGUACAAUCACAAACAAGUUGGGUACAAAGAGAGCACGUGCUGCAGUGGCAGUUCUUGGUUGGUCUCAGCCUAAGAUAAGAUGGAAAUCACUCUUUGUGGCAACAGUUGGCAGCAACAUCACAAUUCCUUGCCAUAAAGAUGUCUCCUUCAUGGGGAAAGUCUAUUGGAUGUCCGGCACUAAUAUUGUCUACAACUAUUUGUCCGGAAAUCCAUUGCCUCCCCACCUUCGUGUCUAUGCUCAAUACACAUCCCUUUCCAGCAUUGAUCUCAAGAUACAACAAGCCAGAUACUCAGACACAGGAACCUACACUUGUGUUCUCAAUUCAAUCCAACAUCCUCAAACUACCAUCAGACAAGUAGAAGUGUCUGUUCUCACAAGUGAGCUACUUACGAAUUCAGUGCAAGAUCAUCCUCCAAAUGUUGAGACUGUUGGAUAUAGCUCGUUAAUUAAACAGCUGGAUCACUAGCUUAACUUAAUUAAUAGUCUCUACUUACUAAUACUUGUUUCUUUAGCUAAUCGUUAAUAAUGGCUAGACUCUGUAUCCAUUAUGUGAACAGUCUUAUCAAUUAAUUAAUUACAUACACACAAAAGUGUAAUUAUCAGUAUCUUCUUUUUCUGCCAUGUUUAUCUAAUAUUUUUCAACAGUUUCAUCUAAUCACCAGCAA